CGUGCCGACGUCACAUAGUUAUCGGCAUGUUGUAGGACACAUCUCAGCGAGCUCUAGUUAAUUCUGAUACAUGCAGUGCAUCUAAUUGACCGGUUACAGGCAAUCGGAGCAGGUCCAAAAUUCCCGAGCCACUCGCCAUUCUUCCCCGAGCCCUUCCCACACUUAAUAUCCAGUUGUUUCCUUCGCAGUGCAGCUCUCUUGUUGUUCUUCCUCCACAAUGAGCAUACUACGAAGCUUAACGAGGAGCGUCGUGUCCACUUCGAGCAUUGGUGUCAGAUCAAGAUUCCAAGGAACAACACUUCCUGUCAUAACAACCCGAUUAGCCUCCAAAAUGGCGCCAGUGCCUCCUCUCAAAGAUCCGUCUCUCUUCAAGACCGGUGUCUGCUACGUCGAUGGCGAAUGGGUCAAGGCCGCGUCAGGCAAGACCUUCGAAGUUCACGACCCCGCCACCGGCGGUCUCAUUGGCAUAGCCCCGGAAUUCGAUGCGAAGGACACGGAAAAUGCUAUUGCGGCAGCCGCAACCGCGUUCGCUUCUUUCAAGACCAAAACCGGCCGCGAGCGGGCCAAGUUACUGCGCAAAUGGUAUGAUCUGAUGAUAGAGAACUCGGAGGAUCUCGCAACAUUAAUCACAUGGGAAAACGGCAAGCCUUUCGCCGACGCCAAGGGCGAGGUGACCUACGCCGCCAACUUCUUUGAGUGGUUCAGCGAGGAGGCACCACGCACUUACGGCGACUACAUUCCUUCCACGGUCCCUGGAAACCGCGUUGUCACCAUCAAGGAGCCCGUCGGAGUAGUUGGCCUUAUCACGCCUUGGAACUUCCCUGCGGCUAUGAUCACACGGAAGGUCGGAGCCGCACUUGCGGCGGGCUGCACAACUGUGUGCAAAGCGCCAGGCGAGACGCCGUAUACUAGCCUGGCAAUCUGCGAGCUGGCUCAUCGCGCCGGAAUUCCCAAGGGUGUCGUCAAUGUCAUUACGACACUGGCGAACACGCCUGAAGUUGGCGAGACCUUGACGACGCACCCGACGAUAAAGAAGAUCUCCUUUACAGGGUCAACCGCAGUAGGGAAACUGCUCAUGAAGCAAGCUUCUUCCUCGUUGAAGACGCUGUCGAUGGAGCUCGGUGGGAACGCGCCGUUCAUCGUGUUUGAUGACGCGGAUGUGGACACUGCUGUUGCGGGCGCCAUUACAUCCAAGUUCCGCUCAUCGGGUCAAACUUGUGUGUGCGCCAACCGCCUAUAUGUGCAGGAGGGCAUCUACGACGAAUUCGCGAAGAAAUUCGCUGAGAAGGUCAAGGGCUUCAAGGUUGGCCACGGAUUCGAUGAGGGCAUCACUCAUGGACCUUUGAUUCACGAUCGAGCCAUCUCCAAGGUCGAGGCACAUAUUAAAGAUGCCGAGAGCAAGGGAGGUAAAGUCAUUGUUGGCGGACAGAAGCUUCCGGAUCUGGGUGCCAACUUUCACCAACCCACUGUUAUCACGGGCAUGACCAAGGAGAUGGCCAUUGCUUCCGAGGAAACAUUUGGACCCGUCGCCGGCCUGUUCCCCUUCGCCACGGAGAAGGAGGUGGUUGACUUGGCCAAUGCUGCCGAGGUUGGCCUGGCCGGCUACUUCUUCUCGAGUGACCUCGAGCGGAUCACCCGCGUUGCUGAAGCCCUCGAGGUUGGUAUGGUGGGUGUGAACACGGGGUUGAUCUCUGACCCUGCUUCGCCAUUUGGCGGAAUCAAGCAAUCUGGUUUCGGCCGAGAGGGUUCCAAGUACGGUAUUGAGGCAUACCAAAAUAUCAAGACGAUUACUACCGGAGGAAUGGGUAAGCCACUGCAGAGCUAGAGGACGUUAUCGGGCACAUGGUGAAUACCGGCAAUACUGGCAAGACAUACACAUAUGAAUUGAUACCUAUUUUACGAUGUAAACAUCUCGGAGAUAUACGGGCAGUGGCUGCAAUGAAAUCCUUAGGUGGUCGAUAUCCAGGAUUGCAUGGCAAAAUACUCGAAAGGCUGUGGUGAAUCAAGAGCUGUGGGGCGCAUUGAAAGCAGUUCAACCCUGAGUGAACUGAAUUUGAAGAUGAUAAACUCUUAACACUUGCAUUCAAUCUAGUCCGCACGGUUGGUCCGCACGGUUGGUACUAUUGUAUUUGUGAUGUUUG